AUGUUCAUAUGCGCAUAUUGUGCUAAAGAGUUUAAGUACGAGAGUGAGAAAAAGAGACACGAAUUAAGUCAUACUCCCCAAUUUGAGUGUCCAGAAUGUUUAAAAAAGUUUAGUUUUGUAUCUGCAUUACGGAGGCAUCAGAAACAACAUUUCAGAACUGGUAGUGUUCAGUGUUCAGAAUGUAGUCGGAACUUUCGAGAUGAAACUUUACUUAAGCGACAUAUCAAGUAUGCUCAUAGAGAAACUCAUAAUUGCACAAAAUGUGAAGCAAAGUUCAACAGCCAACAAGCGUUGUUAUCACAUCAGAAAACACAUAAAUCAAAGUCAGAGCGGAGAUUUCACUGUAGCCACGAUGGUUGUGAGAAAACAUUUAACUUUGCACAUCAUUUGAAACAUCAUGAGCUAACACAUUCAUCUGAAAAACAACAUUUCUGCUCCAGUUGCGGCAAAGGGUUCAUACAACUCCAUCAUUUGAAAACACACCAAAAGAAACAUACACCUAAUUCUUGGCUAAAUUGCCACAUACCUGGUUGUUUGAAGAUUUUCACUAAUGAGUAUGCAUUAAAAAGACACUUGGGAACACAUAAAAAUAAACUGGUUAUUGAAGAUGAAGAUGAUUUGUCUUAUGACUCUGAACUUGCUAUGUCUCCCAAUUGUUUCAAAGAUGGUCACAUGGAAUUCAGCCAGAUUGAUAUAAAGGGGGACAAGAAACCAUUAGAACUAACCAAAAAAUACAAACUGUUUGAUGAUUUGUCUUUAAAAGAAAGCAAUAUUUCAGAAAGGAUUGAUAAUGUACAAAAUAUACCAAAUUUAACUAAAACGAAUGAUAUAUAUAGUGAAAAUAUAAAUAUAAUUACGAAUAUAGAAAAGUCCAUAGUUAAUAAAGCAAAUGAAGAUGGUGCUUGUCGAGGCUGCGAUUGUUCAAAGAAAAGCAUUCCAAUUAAAGAUCUGCCCGAACUCAAGUAUAAUAGUGAUGGUGCUAUCAAGAUUAAAGAAUAUGUUGAUGUUGAUAUAGCUAUUGUUAAGAAUGUUUCGACUGAAAACGCAAAAGAAAUAAAUAAUAUAGUUCCAUAUAACAGUUGUAAGGCUUUUCUAGGCAGGUGCAUUGUUUCUGGUACGGGUACUAUCAACGAAGAAUGCCUUUGUGCCAAAAUGGCAAUGGAUGAUAGUCAAAUGAUUUACCAAGAAAUGAACGAUUUAAUGCCAAUUCCCUGCCAAGUAUAA